CUAUAUAUAAUCUGCCUCUCUUCUCCAACACCCAAACUACUUGCACACUCAAAUUUCCAUUAAUUACUUAGAGCUUCUCUUUACAAAUAAAUAUAAAAUAUGUCUUCCAAUUUGACCCAUUUCAUUUUGAAACUUUUUCUUGUUAUUUCCUUCUUUAAUGUGUGCUUUGCUUCCAGAAAGCUCACUGCUUUAGUACAAGACUCACAAAUGCAGCUUUUGAAGUACCACAAGGGUGCACUUCUUUCUGGAAAAGUCUCUGUUAAUCUGAUUUGGUAUGGUAAAUUCAAGCCAUCCCAAAGAGCUAUUGUAUCCGAUUUCAUCAACUCCCUUUCUUCUUCAAAUCCAUCUAAAACCAAUCCAUCAGUAGCACAAUGGUGGAAAACCACCGAAAAAUACUACCAUCUCGCUAAUUCUAACAACACCCUUUCCCUUAAUUUGGGCAAACAGGUUCUCAUCGAAAAUUAUUCUCUAGGAAAAGCACUAACCCAGAAGCAAAUCGUGCAAUUGGCAUCAAAGGGUGAACAGAGAGACGCCAUUAAUGUUGUAUUGACCGCCUCAGAUGUCGCCGUUGAUGGGUUCUGUGUCAAUCGGUGUGGAACUCAUGGAGCUUCUAAGGGUGCUAUUAUUGAAGGCAAAACUCACAAAUUUACUUAUAUUUGGGUGGGUAACUCAGAAACUCUGUGCCCUGGAUACUGUGCCUGGCCAUUCCACCAGCCCAUCUAUGGACCACAGACCCCACCAUUGGGUGCACCAAACAACGAUGUGGGUGUUGACGGUAUGGUGAUUAACCUAGCUAGCUUAUUAGCUGGAACUGCCACAAACCCAUUUGGAAAUGGAUACUACCAGGGUGAAGCAGAUGCGCCAUUGGAAGCUGCAUCUGCUUGCCCUGGUGUGUACGCUAAGGGCGCAUACCCAGGCUAUCCCGGAGAUUUAUUGGUGGACAAAACAACAGGGGCAAGCUACAAUGCACAUGGUACAAACGGAAGGAAAUACUUGGUUCCUGCUCUAUAUGAUCCUGCUACAUCUUCAUGUUCAACUCUAGUCUAGAGAGAAGCAGUAUUUACAAAAUAGGAUAUACUAUAAUCGAACAUAGCUUUGUAAUAUAUGAUUUAUUGAUUCGUUCAUUCGAUAAUAUAUGAGAAACUUACUUUUCUUUUAUCAA